AUGGACACAGUUCACAGAGAACUUAUGAAAGUGGGCGAAAGAAAUAGCAACAGCAUUGGCGAUUCUGAUAGUACCUGGCGGAAUCUUAGGGAUGUUUUAUCUACGGCUGCUGGUGAGAUUUUGGGAUUUGAGGAAAAACUGAAGCGUAAUUACUGGUUUGAUGAUAAAUGUCAGAGGGUCACUAAUGAGAAAAAUGAUGCGUACAGUUUAAUGCAACAGAAGUACACUCGCAGGCGUAGAGAAGAGUAUAAGGAGCGAAGAAGACGGGAAAAACACCUACAUAAGAAAAAGAAAAGAUUGCGCGAGGAACAACAACUACGUGAGAUUGCAUCUAGUUACACACAAAAGGAAACUAGAAACUUCUACAACCAAGUAAAUAGGGGACGGAAAGAAUUCAAACCCAGAACCACGGCUUGUAGAAGUAAGAAUGGACAGCUACUUAAUGAUAAAGAUGAGAUCGUUCAGAGAUGGGCUGAAUACUUUCGUGAACUCCUUAACAGUUCAGUGCAGACCCGUCCACUUUCUGUACCAGUACCUGAAGGUCUAUUAAAUAAUCAACAAACUGAUGAAUCUUUGUACCCCACUAUAGAAGAUACUAUACGAGCAAUUCAAUCCAUUAAAAAUAACAAAUCUCCGGGAAUGGACGAUAUCCAAGGGGAGCUUAUAAAAAAGGAGGGAGAAUUA